AUGAAAUAUAAUCUAUUGCUCUCUGAAAGUUAUAGUCAAGCCCAACGACACACUACUCACCCCUCCAAUGAACGUUGGCUAUUCUGCCAUCAAGCGCUAAGCCACGGCAUCUACCCUGUUCUGGGCUCAUCUUAUGUUAACGUGAUCACUUUGUCCCGAAGCCCCUUGUUCUUCAGUAACUCGUAUCAUCUACAGAAAAUCUGUCAUCUAUGUAAUGUGCCUAGAUUGAAUCAUGUAUGGUCUGAAACAAUUUCCAACUUCAUGGAGACUGACAAUUUUUUAUUUGCAAAUGAUGUUGCCUGUUCCUCGUGUUCAUCUUACUUAUGUUUCUUCAAAUCCAAGAUGGAUACUUCCAGGAGAAAUGCAUUCAACACAAGGAAAUGGACCAACAUCCUUUUAGCUAUUCAUGUCUUAUUUUAUGUUGCACAACUGGCAACACAAGGGAAGCUCUUGCUUUGGGGAGAUAAGAUUAAUAGUCUUAUUGAGAAAGGACAGAUUUGGAGGCUGGCCACAUAUUCUCUUUUGCAUGCAAAUAUAAGGCACCUUAUGGUCAAUUGUUAUUCUUUGAAUUCUGUUGGACCUACUGUGGAGAAUUUAAGUGGUCCAAGGAGAUUUCUUGCAGUUUACUUGACAUCUGCUAUUUCAAGUGCCGCUACAAGUUACUGGUUCUGCAAAGCACCCGCAGUUGGUGCAUCAGGCGCAAUCUUUGGAUUGGUUGGUUCUGUUGCUGUGUUUGUCAUGAGACAUAGAGGUAUGAUCAGAGAUGCCAAAGAAGAUCUGCAACACAUAGCACAAGUUAUUUUCCUAAACAUGGUUAUUGGACUAAUGUCAAGUGGCAUUGAUAAUUGGGGUCAUCUAGGAGGCUUGCUUGGAGGAGCAGCAGUGUCUUGGCUUGUAGGACCUGCAUGGAAGUACGAAUCUAUGGCCAGUGAUGGCCCAAGAAUAUUCUCAGACCGACCACAACUUUUUCACCUUACUGACAGAAAACGGAAACCUCGAUGAGAUUCGAUCAGCCACUUCUUUUUCUACUUCUUACCCGCCGUCCAUUCAUGCUCCUUUGAUCAGCUCCCCUGAGGCCCUUCCCAAUGAGCAAACUAUUCCUCGCCAAAAUCCUCACGCAGCAGAUUAUGGCGCAUACUCCAAUGAUUUUCAGAGGUAGAGAUAAAAGAGUUGCUCAUCAACCAUAUCAGUCAUCGAUGCUGUUGGGGGAGUCGCCCUGCUCGUACCUGGAAGAUUCAUGCUGUUGAAGAUUACAAAGUUUAUGUGGGAACUCUUGAAACUUUCUUAGAAGAAAGGGAAGUGAUAAGAGAAACAGAACCUUACCUUGGUGGGAACUUGACAUUUGGGAAUUGGAUUUAAGAUCACAAUUCCCUGUUCUCUUUGUGCCGUAUAAAAAAACCCGAGUCAAGAUUCCUCAUAGUGAGACCAUUGAGAAAUGUUCAGAUUGUGCAGGACGAGGAGAUAUUCCAUGUCCUACAUGCAAUGCAGACAAAGAUCCUGGAUUUUACAAGGAAAAUCAGAUGUCCCAGUGCCCUGCUUGCUAUGGAAGGGGAUUAAUUGCUCACAGAGACGGAUCAGACACCAUGU